AUGCCAGAAUUAAUCGAACAAAUGUACUGCUCUCAGCAGAUCGUCAUUCCGCCUAAAUUUCCGUACAUUCUGAAGCGCUACUGCAAAGCGGCAAUUAAGACGCAGCCGUACGAUUUACUGCGCUGGUCAUACGAAUAUUUCAAGGCACUGGCUGAGCAUCGCCCUCCUCCGGUCAAGCUACGUCUAGAGUACCCCGUGUAUCAUACUGAGGGCGGUCUCACUAGAGGAUGCCUGAAAGUAUUGGCUCAACAGUUAUCUAGCAUGGAAGACGUGCCACUGCCGGUACUUAAAGAAGCUUGGCGGGGUUUCUGUCUCGACUAUGAGGAGUUGAAGAGGAUCAUGUGUCUCUGUGAAGUUUACUUGCGGGAGAACAGUGUACCACUUCUACAUUUUAUAGCAGUUGCUGGAGGAAUGUUAACAAAGACUCUAACUCAUACGAUUAUUCUUCUUUGUGAAACGCUCACCAAAGAGCCUGACGGUGGAUCAGCAGCGAUUCCAGUGGAACACUUUCUUACAAUGUACAAAUUUCUGGCGCGCAUGGACGCCUCCAAAGAUAUCAAGUACUUUAACGGAUAUAGAGAAGGCCAAACACCACCACCAGAGCCAGAAAGUGAAGAAGACGAAUUAUUAAAAACUGAGGAGACUUCGCAGACGUCGGCGGAUGACUUUUGGCAAGAUAUUGAUUUAAAGAAGGUUUCGCUUAUAAAUGACAAAGUGGCCCGCUCAGCUAGAAUUAGCGUGAAGCUUAACAUGCCUAUUAUUGGUAAAAUAGAAAGGUCGCCAUCUGUAGAGAGAGCGGGACAAAUCGAACGAGAGAAUUACAUGAGGGAGAGAAAAGAGAGGCCAGUUCCUGAUGAGGAAGUCGAUAAAAAGCUUCGAGAAAUGAGCGCUGCUAAGAUGAGCCCUGAGGAUAGUAAAGAAGGAGGCUCGAAAACGGAUAUCGUUACAGAAGAAGAGAAAUGUGAUACCAACAGUUUGACAUCGAAUAUUGAGGAAGUAGAUGCUGAAGCGGAUCAGAAAACGAAAACCCAACCGGAAAACAUCGACGAAUUUGUUGCUAAAUGUUUUAAAGCGCUAGAAGAACGACGUGCAGAUUUAGAACAAACAUUCGAAGAGAUCGCUGAGUUAGUGGACAAGUUUAAAACUGCUUACUACGAUUUGGGAAUGGUGGCAGGGCGACAAAUGUCGACCACUAGCGGUGAAUUUAUUGUACAACAUAUAGAACGCGAGAUUAUGGAGAAAGUUGACGAGCAGAUUGAAGUUUUGCCUGAUCCGGACUUGAAGAAAAAGAAGGCAAAACCUGAAGAGGUAGCUAUGAUUAGAGAAAUUCUUGAAACGUACCUGGAGGAGAAUAUAGAUGUAAUUGUGCCUGAAGUAGAAGAAGUGGAGGAGGAAGAACAGCCCAUACCUGAGGUAGUAAUUGUCUACGCAGUGCCUGGUAUCGGACCACCGGUGGACGAGGACAUUAUAAAGGAGGUGGAGGAGUAUGCCUUGGACGUCUCCAAAGUGCAAGCUGAUUUGUUCAUGCCACGCAACAUUCGGCAUUUUCUAUGCCCACCCUUAGAGAAAUGCAUUGAGUACAAUUUCGAAGAUUCUCCAACAAAGAAAGAAGAGCUUCCUACAGGAGGAGCUUUUACAGAUUAA